AUUGUAGGGACGUGCUGGUGGAAUGAAUCAGUUGGGGCUCAGGAAGACAUCUUCGCGCGGUUGAAAUUCGAGGUUGGAAAGGGACGUCAACGUAUCAACCGGGCGGAGGAUUGGACAAACAAGGCUGAACAAAUCAAUGCAAUUAACAAAUAAACACAAACCCGGACUGUGUGACCACGACAAAACAGUAGAAACGGUGUAGAGAAUAUCAUUCUUCAACGUCUUGCAAUUCGGAGGAAAUCAUUUUAAAAGAUGCAUUAACUUUAGGAGCAGGAAAGGUAUCGCAAUAUCUGGAUUUUGGGGGGAUUUUAUUGUAUUGUAUAAAUGGGAUAGGGAACUCUAGUCCACACUCCAGCACAGUAGGUGGCGGCAAUGCGCCCUGCGUUGGAUGCCACCCGACAAAAGAAGAAGAAGAAGGAGGGGAAGAAGAAGAAGAAGAAGAAACCGUUAUCUGCCUGUCGCGCGCGUUUAAUCUCGUCUGAGCCGUCCAUUGUAUCGCGUCUCCAAAACAUGGCCGAGAACAUGACUCUGCUGUGGGGCUCCGGCUCUGCUCCCUGCUGGAGGGUCAUGAUCGCCCUGGAGGAGAAGAAGCUGCAGGGCUACAACCAGAAACUGCUCUCCUUCGACAAGAUGGAGCACAAGUCACAGCAAGUGUUGGACAUGAACGCAAGGGGACAGCUUCCCUCCUUCAAACACGGAGACGUCAUCGUGAAUGAAUCCUACGCGGCCUGCUUCUACCUGGAGAGUCAGUUUAAGUCUCAGGGAAAUCGGCUGAUCCCAGAGGGCCCCGCUGAACAAGCUCUGAUGUACCAACGCUUUUUUGAGGGCGUCACGUUCUACGAAAAACUCACUGCGGUUAUCUACUAUGACUGGUUUGUCCCUGAAGAAGAGCGGCAUGACUCGGCUCUAAAGAGAAACAAAGAAGCUCUGGCCACUGAGCUCAAGCUCUGGGAGGGUUACCUGCAGAAGCUGGGCCCCCACCUGGCUGGGCCGGCCUUCUCUCUGGCUGACGUCGCCAUCUUUCCGACUGUCGCUACUCUCUUCAGAUACGGGUUGUCCGCAGAGAAAUACCCCAAACUGGGAGAGUAUCACGCUCUGCUGAAGGAUCGGCCCAGCGUGAAAGCCAGCUGGCCUCCUCACUGGCUGGAGAACCCCAACGGAGACGGCGGACUCCAAGACGUCUGAGAGCCACUUGUUCGGUCUGCUGAGGUUGCAGCUCGCAGUUUGUUCACAUAGGAUACAGCCGCUAAAGUGAUUUUUCUGUUAAUGGGUAAGAAGAAAAGCGCGUGCUCCGACCCAGUUGUGCUUCUAGUCCAACUAGCUGUUGUUUUUAGGUUGAGUUUUUGCAAUAUUUCUCCAGUUUUGGUGAAAGCCCUGCCAAUGAUGAAUACAGGCUUUUGUCAACCUGCAGCAUGUGAUGUUUGCAGAGUACUGGGCAAAGACUGCAGGGUAACUUAUAUUUGUGUGGUUGACAAUGGAAGCUUUUGUUGCCUAGAUGCACUCCCUGUAUACUUAACAUCAAUGUCUGUCAACUGAUAUAAACAAAAGCCACUAACAACA